CAUUACCAAAUGCCAAGCAACAAGUUUUGCUCUUAGCCCAAAGCAGUGUCCACUCCUGUAAAUUAGAAUAUUUCUCUUAUUAUAUAAUCUGAACAGUGCGUUGUCCGGUGCUUUACUCCAUAACCAAUUUUCUGUUGCAGUUCCUGAAAAAAGAAACAAAAAGAAAAACAGGCAUCCAUGACUAUUACCAUGCUACUUCUAGUUUUUAUUUUACGAUGCUGUUUUGUAGCUAGCCUUUACCACCCACUAGACCCUCUCAAUCCAGAUGAAAUAAACCAAGUAUGUCUCGUUGUUCAAAAGUCUAGCCUUGGCAAUCUUUCCAAUCUAACCUUCCAUUUUCUUGAUAUUCAAGAACCAGAUAAAGCAGAUGUUCUCAAAUGGCUAUCUUCACCUAACCUGAAUAAGUCUGUUCCUCCUCGUCAAGCCAAAGUUGUUGUUCGAGCUGGCGGUGAGACUUAUGAGCUCAUUGUGGACUUGGCUACAGGAUCCAUUAUAUCAAACCAUGUCCACACUGGUCAUGGCUAUCCUCCUCUUACUUUUAUUGAGCUUUUCCAAGCUAGUAAACUGCCAUUGAAGUAUCCCAAAUUCAUCAAAUCGAUUGCGAGACGGGGCUUGAAUAUAUCCGAAGUUUCUUGUAUACCUUUUACCGUUGGUUGGUAUGGAGAACAUGUUACAAAACGUGCGCUUAGAGUUUCAUGUUUCUAUAGAGGAGGAUCGGUUAAUGUAUUUGCAAGGCCUAUUGAAGGAAUUAGUAUUCUAGUUGAUGUUGAUUCUAUGCAAAUUACUGCAUACCUCGAUAGAUUUAGAGCCCCUUUGCCUAAAGCUGAAGGAACCGAUUUUCGUUUGAGUGGAAAGCCUAAAUCUAUCAUUUAUAAUGUAUCAGAUAGUGGGUUCACCAUUAACGGCCACAAGGUUAAAUGGGCCAAUUGGGAUUUUCAUUUAGCAUUUGAUGCUAGAGCAGGAAUUGUUAUAUCAACAGCCUCUAUAUUUGAUGCAAAAGUGAAGAAAUAUCGCAGUGUGCUAUACAGAGGUCACAUAUCUGAAACAUUUGUUCCAUAUAUGGAUCCUACUAGUGAGUGGUACUUCAGGACUUUCAUGGAUGUAGGCGAAUUUGGGUUCGGACGAGCAGCUGUUACCCUCCAGCCGCUGAUAGACUGUCCUGCGAAUGCCGUCUAUUUAGAUGGGUAUGUGGCUGGUGCAGAUGGGCAGCCACAGAAGAUGUCUAAUGUAAUUUGCAUUUUCGAAAGAUACAGCGGUGAUGUGGCUUUCAGACAUACAGAAAUUAAUGUUCCUGGAAUAGUGAUACAAAGUGGGGAGCCAGAAAUCAGUUUGAUGGUCAGGAUGAUAGCUACUCUGGGAAAUUAUGAUUAUAUUCUUAAUUGGGAGUUCAAGAAAAGUGGUUCCAUUAAAGUUGGGGUUUCCCUAACAGGUAUAUUGGAAAUGAAAGCCACACCAUACACAAACAGUGACCAAAUAACUAAAGAUGUAUAUGGUACCUUAAUAACAGAGAAUGCUGUUGCUGUUAACCACGACCACUUCAUCACAUACUACCUCGACCUUGACAUUGACGGUAAUGAUAAUUCAUUUGUCAAAGCCAAACAACAAACUGCAAGAGUACCCGCUAUUAAUGCCCACUUACCGAGAAAAAGUUAUUGGAGAGUUGUUAGAGAAACAGCCAAAACUGAAGAUGAGGCAAGGAUACUACUUGGGUUGGAGCCAACUGAGCUAUUGAUUAUGAAUCCGAAUAAGAAGACUAGACUUGGAAAUCAAGUGGGUUACAGGUUAAUCACAGGACAACCAGUCAGUUCUCUUCUCUCUUAUGAUGAUUAUCCCCAAAUUAGAACUGCUUAUUUAAAAUAUCAAAUGUGGGUGACUGCUUAUAACAAGUCCGAGAGAUGGGCUGGUGGGUUCUACGCUGAUAGAAGCCAUGGUGAUGAUGGCUUGGCUUUGUGGAGCUGCAGGAAUAGAGUAAUUGAAAACAGAGACAUAGUCCUAUGGUACACUGUAGGAUUUCAUCAUAGUCCUUGUCAAGAAGAUUUCCCAGUUAUGUCAACGCUUCAUGAUGGAUUUGAGCUUCGACCAACAAAUUUUUUUGAAAGCAAUCCAUUGCUCAAACAAGAUUAACCGCUGGAUGAAAAUAUAUCCAGUCUAGUGAUGAAGAAUUCUUUGUCAACAGAUGAAAUUCAUGUGAAAUAACAUCCUUGUACAAGACUUGUUUUAGUGGAUGCAUAAUUUUAUUCGAAAGGAGUAACGUCAUUCUUUUUAUUUUAGA